GGCCCAUAAAGAAAGCCCAAGAGAAACUCAAAUCGAAAAUGAGUCCAAUACAGAAACACCAAACCCGACACUAAUUCUCUUCUCACAGGUGAUUAGCUAUCCAAAUUAGUAUACUCUGUCCAAUAGGAUUGCAAAUUUGCAAAUGUCUUAUCCUCUUAGUCAUCCAAAUGCGAACACACGUACCUCAGGGGGAAAAAACACACCCUCUCCCCAAACUAAAAACCACGAUAAAAUAAAAUCGAUCUUCUUAAAUAACAAAUCGGGACACGGUCUGAUGGAGUACGUUUGGCGGCCCAUGAAAUUAUCGCUCCGGCCCAAGUGGCAGCACCGAGUUCUAUAUAAAAAUAAGGAAGAGAGAGAGAGAGAGAGAGAGAGAGAGAGGCACCCUUAAAUCCUACUGUUUACUUUACGGUGAGGGGUAAAGAUUAAAGAAACGGAAAUCGGUGUGUUUUACUGGAUCUUCAAGUGUCCCUCACUUCCCGCCCACCGCGAGCGUCCGGAGUUUGCUGAAUCUUUCCCCCGUCCGACUGUUGCCCAUCGUCGCAGUCUCUUUGCUUUGGAUGGACAGAAUGGAAGAAGCUCGUCGGGGAAUUGAGGAAGCUCAGGUCCGUUUUAAAGAGUUGACCGGAAAGACACACUUGGCUGACUGUCGGAUGGUCUUUAUGAAGGAGAUGCGCCAGACUGUAGAGAACGAUUUGAGGACCAAAACAGAGAUGCGCUAGAAGCUUGAUCAGGAACUCGGGGCUAAAAUGGAGAUGCGCCAGAAGCUAGACCAGGAACUCCGGGCUACAACGGAGGAACGUGAAAAGUUGGAUAUGGAAGUCAAGGGUCUAACCGAUCAAGGUCUGGAAUUAGAAGAGCAAGCCCGGAAUCUGGAAAAAGAAGCAGCGAGUCUUCGUGAGGAGCGCGAGUUUGCCAGAUCAGCGCUCAACUUAGCUUGGAGGGAAGGCGAUUCUAUUGUCCUACCAUGGAACCUUGAACAGGAUGUAACAGGAAGUAUGGGCUCCCAGGAAGACGUUGUUGCGACAGAGAAGACGAAAGAGCGGCUGGUCAAGGCGUUGAGCCCGCAUAAAAAAACUGUGGCCGAAGAAAAAAUGGAAUUUUCUCUCCUUCGUGAACAGGUGUCUCGCGAAGCUAAUGCUACAUGUUGUGGUCUACACUUUACAUAUACAAAUAUACACUAUAUGAGCAAUAUUGAGCUUUAUAUUUUAUGAGUCUAAAAGGGAUGAACCUUAACUCUUGAGUGGUUAUGCAAAUUAUUAAGUAUGUGUAUAUAAUAUAUGUUAGUUAUAUGACUAAUUAGGAGUGUCUGAAACCAAACCAAACAAGCUAAAUACUUUAACCAAAUCAAACCAAUUAUCCAAAUUAACCAAACCAAAUUAUCCAAAUAGUACCGGUUAAAACGAUUACCACUGUAACCAAUCCGUUUGAACACCCCUAUUGUCAACAACGUAACAAUUAGGAAAAAAUAAUAUACUAGAAGCCUCAGUCAUCCACCAAAAAAAUUUGAAGUGAUAAGCAAAUUGACACCACUGGCAAAAUAAAAAUUCAACAUAACAUAACAUAAUCUGCAUGAAGUACAUCCAAAGUACGUAGUAUGAACAGUGAAGUACAAAAAUUUAUGGAAGAUGACAUCACAAUUUACAUGUCGUAGCUUAUCUGCAAUAUAUUAAGCAAUAUUUA